AUGGUAACUUCCGAAGGUGUUCUACCCGAUGCCUUCAAUCAUGCGGAUUAUAAAUUGGAGCUUAUUCCCAACUCGGGACCACGAAAAUUUGACGCCAAAAUGGACAUGAGAGGCACUCUUGAAAUCGUUCCCCGAGAAGAAGUUGAGCCCCUCGAGCUUAUUGAACUGGUGGAAGUUAAAGAGGACAAAGUAAAAGAAGAGUCGGAAGAUCAUCCGCCUCCACUGGAGUUGAUUCCUUUGAAUGAGAAGUCAAAUCCUCAUCUGUCGAAAUGGAAACAACUAGCGCCGAGUACCCAUCAUCACUGUCUCUUCGUCGGUCGUUUUCUUCAAAAUCUACCCGAUAAUUUCGAGAUUUUCGAGAAGCAAAGAGCGACACUUGCGUUCAUUACGAUCGGCUUUCUACAUGAGCUUAAUUUUGAAACUGACUGUAACUUUGAAAAAUUCGAUGGGUGGUCUUACGAGCAAAUUCUCGAAUACGUUCAACUCCGACGACAACUAGCCUCUCUUGGGAGCAAACUGUUGAUCGCUCUUUCACCAUCUGAGCAUGUUUCUGAUCCCAAUUUACUUCGCGACGCAAUAGGCAAGGUAGCCAAUGUGAAACUGUUGAAUUCGCUGAAUGUCCAUCAACUGUUCGCGCAACUUGAAAGACCAGAACAGCAUAAAGAGCUCCGACAUCAUUGUGGAUUAAUGGUCAAGGAAGAAAAAGUUCUUACUCAACUAAUCAAUGGUGAUAUUCAAAUUUACCCGGAGCGUCUAAUAAUUCUGCUGCGACUUGAGACGUCAAUAGAAAAUCUUGGAAGCAAAUUGUUACGAUCAGAUCUAUUCGAGCUUAUUGAAGAUUACAUGCGCAAAAUCAAAAGCGUGCCGUAUUUUGUAACUCAAUAUAGUGACCUGAUUAACUACACUCUAAAGAAGGGCGUUCCACAGGAGCUCCUGUUCCAGAUGCUACUCCAAAUUUCCAAACCGCACAGAAAAGAUCCUUAUGAACACGGCCUUACGAGCUCCUCGUAUAUUUACGAUCAUAUUUUCAAGCUAAUCAAAGCUAACUUUGGAGAUGCUUAA